AUGAUGGCUGUCCCUCGAGAGUAUCCGCCUCUCCCUCGCCAGCCCACGCUAGCUCAACUGCCCCCCGAAUACCCCACGGACGCCCAAGAUCAGAUCUCCCAGCUUCUCUCCAGCUCCAGACCUAACAGUCUUGUCGUCCUCGACGAUGACCCGACCGGCACGCAGACAUGCCAUGACAUUUCGGUCCUCACCGUGUGGGAUAUCCCUACUCUGACCGAAGAAUUUCUCCAGGACUCACGCGGAUUUUUUAUCCUCACCAACUCCCGUGCUCUACCCCCAGUAGAAGCCGAAAAAUUGAUCCGUGGGAUCUGCGAAAAUGUCUUCCAAGCUGCCAAGGCAACUGGCCAGACAGUCGAUAUCGUUCUGCGUGGCGACAGCACCUUACGAGGUCACUUCCCUCUCGAGGCUGACGUUGCGCAGUCAGUGUUUGGGGAAACCGACGCAUGGAUCCUAGCCCCGUUUUUCUUCCAGGGCGGGAGGUUCACCAUCGACGACGUGCAUUACGUAGCGGAGGGAGACUAUUUGGUGCCUGCGGGUGCGACCCAGUUUGCUCGGGAUGCGACAUUUGGGUAUAAGAGCUCGAACCUGCGAGACUACGUGAAAGAGAAAGCUCCUGGGCGAUUCAACCCGGAACAAUUGCACUCGGUAACCGUUGGGGAGAUUCGGACUGGAGGUCCCGAGGCCGUCUAUGACAAACUUAUGACCGUGCCCAAGGGAGGUGUGGUCAUCAUCAAUGCGGCGGCUGAAUCGGACAUGCAUGUCUUCGUGGCGGGAUUGCUACUAGCGGAAGCAAAAGGAAAGCAAUACCUCUACCGCACCGGAGCAGCAUUCGUAUCAACCCGUCUCGGAAUCCGCUCUAAACCCCCGGUCUCGGCGCGCGAGCUUCAUCUCCCUACGCAGCGCACCACCGGCGGUCUAAUCCUCGCAGGCUCCUACGUUCCAAAGACCACAGCACAAUUGAAAGCGCUGACGGAGCGACGUGGUAGCGCCCCAGGAACAGGGGAUGCGAAUCUCGCCGUCAUCGAAGCCAACGUCGGGGAAUUGAUUAGUGCUUCCUCGGAAAGCGUCGAGGAAGCUAUCCUCGACCGGAUCGUCAACGAUGCCGAAUCCUACCUCCAAUCCGGAAAAGAUACCUUGAUCAUGACCAGUCGUAAGCUGAUCACUGGUGACGAUGAGCUGUCUUCGUUGGAGAUUGGAUCAAAAGUCGCGGAGACGUUGGUGAAUGUUUUGCGGCGGAUUGAGGUACGGCCGAGGUAUAUUAUUGCUAAGGGUGGAAUCACCUCCUCAGAUGCUGCAACUAAAGGACUAAAUGUGAAACGAGCUCUAAUAGUCGGACAAGCCGUGCCUGGCGUGCCAUUAUGGAGAUGCGACGAGCCAGCCUCUCGACAUCGCGGGGUGCCUUUUGUGGUCUUUCCGGGGAAUGUUGGGGAAGAUAUCACAUUGUGUGAGUUGGUGGAGGCUUGGAGUUAG